AAAAUGGCGAGUCGGUGUUCUGCUGCAUUGCGUACGUUCGCUCGGACACGCUGCCUGACGCGCAGUCCCAACUCUCUGGCCAGCUCGUCAAGAUGUCUUGCCACCGCGGCACCAGCAGCAGCCUCUGAGUCGGCACCUCCACCGCCAUCACCUAGUGUCGCUGCCGACCCGAAGUUGAACAAGAUUGUUGACGAGAUUUCCGGGCUGACUCUGCUGCAAGCAGCAGACCUGGUGACACUGCUCAAGUCGCGGUUGAACAUCCAGGAGAUUGCAAUGCCGGCAGCGGCUCCUGCACCAGCCGCGGGAGCGUCAGCGGGCGGUGAGGCUGAAGAGGCUCAGGAAAAGCCGAAGGAGAAGACCAUCUUCAACGUCAAAUUGGAGUCAUUCGACGCUACGGCAAAGCCCAAAAUCAUCCGCGAGGUCAAGGCUAUGGUUCCCAACUUGACGCUCAUUGAGGCGAAGAAGUUCGUGGAGUCACUACCACAGAUUCUCAAGGAGAAUCUGUCGAAGGAGGAUGCGGAGAAACUGCAGAAGACCUUCACUGACCUUGGUGCUGUCGUGAAUCUCGAGUGACCAUAGACGUCUUAUUGUCGCGUUAAUGAUUUUGCUAUUGCUGGAUCUGAGUUGACUAUCGCUAUGGAUAAGCUGCGUUGUCCAUCAAAACGGCAACGUAAAA